AUGUCCGGCGCACGAAGACCCCAGUUCAACCAAGAGUCCCUCACGGACAACACGCCUUUGCCAGACCACAUCCCCAAGGUGGAGGAGAUCGGAGCCACCUCGGCACCGUUGAUGAGUGCGUCAUAUUUCAUCGGAGACCGAUGCAGGGCGUUUAACGAUGAUUAUAUGAAGUGUAAGGCCGAGGCGGGCGGCCGGGGAGAGGUGGAGUGUUUGAGGGAAGGACGUAAAGUCACUCGUUGUGCUGCGAGCGUAAUAAAAGACAUCAACACCCACUGCAUGCAGCAGUUUAAGGCACACUGGGAGUGUCUGGAGCAGAACAACCAUCAGCUGUGGAACUGCCGAAAGAACGAGAACCAGCUUAACACGUGUGUUUUUGAAAAGCUUGGCCUGAAGAAAACCAUUCCCGAUACCCCAGCCGGCCAAGUCCCCGUGCACCUUCGCAAGAAACAGAUAUAUGCCAACUACCAAGGCGAGCAAUACUAG